CUCAGCCUGAAUUCGUGAUCCGUCGCCUUCAAAAUCCAAGCAAAACGGCCUUUCGAAAAAAAUAUCGCCGAAAAAUUACGAAAAUGCCCCCCGAAACUGUUCGACCAAAUUUCUGCCCAAAUCGGCGAUUAGCAGACUUCAUCAUUGGUAGAGAGUACCCUAAGGACGAAUCUGUGGUCCGUCGCCUUCAAAAUCCAAGGAAAACGGCAUUUCCAAAAAAUCGCCCGAAAUCGGUGAUGGUACCCCUUUGGAAACUGCCAAAAAUUGCCCCGGAAAUAUUCCGCCCGAAUCGGUGUUUAAUAGACUUAUCCAUCCCUAAAGAAUAGCCUCAGCCUGAAUUCGUGAUCCGUCGCCUUCAAAAUCCAAGCAAAACGGCCUUUCGAAAAAAAUAUCGCCGAAAAAUUACGAAAAUGCCCCCCGAAACUGUUCGACCAAAUUUCUGCCCAAAUCGGCGAUUAGCAGACUUCAUCAUUGGUAGAGAGUACCCUAAGGACGAAUCUGUGGUCCGUCGCCUUCAAAAUCCAAGGAAAACGGCAUUUCCAAAAAAUCGCCCGAAAUCGGUGAUGGUACCCCUUUGGAAACUGCCAAAAAUUGCCCCGGAAAUAUUCCGCCCGAAUCGGUGUUUAAUAGACUUAUCCAUCCCUAAAGAAUAGCCUCAGCCUGAAUUCGUGAUCCGUCGCCUUCAAAAUCCAAGCAAAACGGCCUUUCGAAAAAAAUAUCGCCGAAAAAUUACGAAAAUGCCCCCCGAAACUGUUCGACCAAAUUUCUGCCCAAAUCGGCGAUUAGCAGACUUCAUCAUUGGUAGAGAGUACCCUAAGGACGAAUCUGUGGUCCGUCGCCUUCAAAAUCCAAGGAAAACGGCAUUUCCAAAAAAUCGCCCGAAAUCGGUGAUGGUACCCCUUUGGAAACUGCCAAAAAUUGCCCCGGAAAUAUUCCGCCCGAAUCGGUGUUUAAUAGACUUAUCCAUCCCUAAAGAAUAGCCUCAGCCUGAAUUCGUGAUCCGUCGCCUUCAAAAUCCAAGCAAAACGGCCUUUCGAAAAAAAUAUCGCCGAAAAAUUACGAAAAUGCCCCCCGAAACUGUUCGACCAAAUUUCUGCCCAAAUCGGCGAUUAGCAGACUUCAUCAUUGGUAGAGAGUACCCUAAGGACGAAUCUGUGGUCCGUCGCCUUCAAAAUCCAAGGAAAACGGCAUUUCCAAAAAAUCGCCCGAAAUCGGUGAUGGUACCCCUUUGGAAACUGCCAAAAAUUGCCCCGGAAAUAUUCCGCCCGAAUCGGUGUUUAAUAGACUUAUCCAUCCCUAAAGAAUAGCCUCAGCCUGAAUUCGUGAUCCGUCGCCUUCAAAAUCCAAGCAAAACGGCCUUUCGAAAAAAAUAUCGCCGAAAAAUUACGAAAAUGCCCCCCGAAACUGUUCGACCAAAUUUCUGCCCAAAUCGGCGAUUAGCAGACUUCAUCAUUGGUAGAGAGUACCCUAAGGACGAAUCUGUGGUCCGUCGCCUUCAAAAUCCAAGGAAAACGGCAUUUCCAAAAAAUCGCCCGAAAUCGGUGAUGGUACCCCUUUGGAAACUGCCAAAAAUUGCCCCGGAAAUAUUCCGCCCGAAUCGGUGUUUAAUAGACUUAUCCAUCCCUAAAGAAUAGCCUCAGCCUGAAUUCGUGAUCCGUCGCCUUCAAAAUCCAAGCAAAACGGCCUUUCGAAAAAAAUAUCGCCGAAAAAUUACGAAAAUGCCCCCCGAAACUGUUCGACCAAAUUUCUGCCCAAAUCGGCGAUUAGCAGACUUCAUCAUUGGUAGAGAGUACCCUAAGGACGAAUCUGUGGUCCGUCGCCUUCAAAAUCCAAGGAAAACGGCAUUUCCAAAAAAUCGCCCGAAAUCGGUGAUGGUACCCCUUUGGAAACUGCCAAAAAUUGCCCCGGAAAUAUUCCGCCCGAAUCGGUGUUUAAUAGACUUAUCCAUCCCUAAAGAAUAGCCUCAGCCUGAAUUCGUGAUCCGUCGCCUUCAAAAUCCAAGCAAAACGGCCUUUCGAAAAAAAUAUCGCCGAAAAAUUACGAAAAUGCCCCCCGAAACUGUUCGACCAAAUUUCUGCCCAAAUCGGCGAUUAGCAGACUUCAUCAUUGGUAGAGAGUACCCUAAGGACGAAUCUGUGGUCCGUCGCCUUCAAAAUCCAAGGAAAACGGCAUUUCCAAAAAAUCGCCCGAAAUCGGUGAUGGUACCCCUUUGGAAACUGCCAAAAAUUGCCCCGGAAAUAUUCCGCCCGAAUCGGUGUUUAAUAGACUUAUCCAUCCCUAAAGAAUAGCCUCAGCCUGAAUUCGUGAUCCGUCGCCUUCAAAAUCCAAGCAAAACGGCCUUUCGAAAAAAAUAUCGCCGAAAAAUUACGAAAAUGCCCCCCGAAACUGUUCGACCAAAUUUCUGCCCAAAUCGGCGAUUAGCAGACUUCAUCAUUGGUAGAGAGUACCCUAAGGACGAAUCUGUGGUCCGUCGCCUUCAAAAUCCAAGGAAAACGGCAUUUCCAAAAAAUCGCCCGAAAUCGGUGAUGGUACCCCUUUGGAAACUGCCAAAAAUUGCCCCGGAAAUAUUCCGCCCGAAUCGGUGUUUAAUAGACUUAUCCAUCCCUAAAGAAUAGCCUCAGCCUGAAUUCGUGAUCCGUCGCCUUCAAAAUCCAAGCAAAACGGCCUUUCGAAAAAAAUAUCGCCGAAAAAUUACGAAAAUGCCCCCCGAAACUGUUCGACCAAAUUUCUGCCCAAAUCGGCGAUUAGCAGACUUCAUCAUUGGUAGAGAGUACCCUAAGGACGAAUCUGUGGUCCGUCGCCUUCAAAAUCCAAGGAAAACGGCAUUUCCAAAAAAUCGCCCGAAAUCGGUGAUGGUACCCCUUUGGAAACUGCCAAAAAUUGCCCCGGAAAUAUUCCGCCCGAAUCGGUGUUUAAUAGACUUAUCCAUCCCUAAAGAAUAGCCUCAGCCUGAAUUCGUGAUCCGUCGCCUUCAAAAUCCAAGCAAAACGGCCUUUCGAAAAAAAUAUCGCCGAAAAAUUACGAAAAUGCCCCCCGAAACUGUUCGACCAAAUUUCUGCCCAAAUCGGCGAUUAGCAGACUUCAUCAUUGGUAGAGAGUACCCUAAGGACGAAUCUGUGGUCCGUCGCCUUCAAAAUCCAAGGAAAACGGCAUUUCCAAAAAAUCGCCCGAAAUCGGUGAUGGUACCCCUUUGGAAACUGCCAAAAAUUGCCCCGGAAAUAUUCCGCCCGAAUCGGUGUUUAAUAGACUUAUCCAUCCCUAAAGAAUAGCCUCAGCCUGAAUUCGUGAUCCGUAGCCUUCAAAAUCCAAGCAAAACGGCCUUUCGAAAAUAUCGCCGAAAAAUUACGAAAAUGCCCCCCGAAACUGUUCGACCAAAUUUCUGCCCAAAUCGGCGAUUAGCAGACUUCAUCAUUGGUAGAGAGUACCCUAAGGACGAAUCUGUGGUCCGUCGCCUUCAAAAUCCAAGGAAAACGGCAUUUCCAAAAAAUCGCCCGAAAUCGGUGAUGGUACCCCUUUGGAAACUGCCAAAAAUUGCCCCGGAAAUAUUCCGCCCGAAUCGGUGUUUAAUAGACUUAUCCAUCCCUAAAGAAUAGCCUCAGCCUGAAUUCGUGAUCCGUCGCCUUCAAAAUCCAAGCAAAACGGCCUUUCGAAAAAAAUAUCGCCGAAAAAUUACGAAAAUGCCCCCCGAAACUGUUCGACCAAAUUUCUGCCCAAAUCGGCGAUUAGCAGACUUCAUCAUUGGUAGAGAGUACCCUAAGGACGAAUCUGUGGUCCGUCGCCUUCAAAAUCCAAGGAAAACGGCAUUUCCAAAAAAUCGCCCGAAAUCGGUGAUGGUACCCCUUUGGAAACUGCCAAAAAUUGCCCCGGAAAUAUUCCGCCCGAAUCGGUGUUUAAUAGACUUAUCCAUCCCUA